AUGUCCUCUCAAACAAACCGCACUCAACCAUACUCUUUGACUACCCCAAGGGGUGGGAUGACCAACACAGGUCUUGGAUCCCACUCAGGAAGCCGCGCCGAGCAGAGAUCCGUGCGCGGCCAAGGCUCGACGAGGGCGUCCACUAUUGAUGUUAACCGCGAAGGCAGUGACCUUUCGACGGAACAGAUCAUGGCUGCCAUCGCAAGCUUAGGAGCAAAGCUUGAGAAGGAGAUCUUGGUCCUCAGUGAUAACCUCAAACAAGAUAUUUCCACGAUCUCUGUCAAGAUUGACAAAGACAUAUCCUCCUUGUCGAACCAAAUGGAAGAAGAUAUGAAUUCAAUGGCGGACCAGAUUGAAAGAAAUCUCACGACUAUCUCCAACAAACUGGAUCAAGUCGAUGAGACCGUGGGCGGGCUAACUGACCGUCACGCUGGUAAUCACGCGCCGGCGGCUGGUACACCCUCCACAGGCCCUUCGGGCCCCACGCCUCCCUGGACCUACAGUGCUGAGCUGAAAGAACGUGUAUAUAACUUUGCAUACGAAUCUGUCGCUGAGCCCAAUAUUGCGUCUUAUACAAAACUGGAAGACCCAAAUGGAAACUUAAUCGUUCACUCUCUGUUCAAUACAAUCAAGCAAAAGAUCAAAAACAUACCAGGUACGUGGUCAACCGAACAACUUCCCCCAGUUGUCAAUGGGGCGCAAAGUGUUGCGGCCAUCCAAACGUACACAACGUUGCUUAAAGACGCUGGUAAACACGCUCGCGAGCGUUUACACAAUUUGGUGUUGCACAACAUUAAAAACAACCCCGAAGCUACGGUUCCUUCCAUUAAAAAGCUCUUGCAUCGUAUCGCCAGGCAGUGUGGAAACAGCGCCGACGGGCUGGAUGAGGAGGCGUAUUGGCUCAGAGCGCCUGAAGCUCUACGCCUUCGUAUUACAUACCUGCGACGCGAGGCCAUACGGAUCUUUCAAUCCCGUCGGGCUGGCGGCGGCGGCGGCAAUAUCUGGGCCCGGGUGGACAAACAGCUCCACCUUUUGAGUGAUGAAGAGCCCUUGUAUGCUUCGGCGUUUUACAACUUAAUAUAUGAUCAAGAUUGUGCCACCUUUGAUAGCAAAGGAUACUUUGCAAAUAUUGACGUAAAUGCGACUUUCGACCUGCCUUUGGAGGAGGAGAUACAUGAGGAAAUGGAACGUUUGUUGCAAGAAGGGGCCACGGGUAUGCAAGGAUGA